ACACGAGUCAGAGUCGUGUCUCUGGUCAUGUGAUGGGGGUACUUCAGUGCGUUACAUUGACAGCGCUUCCUGUAAAGGAUAUAAGAUGGCCACUUGCUAAAGGAGACGGAGUCGUGUGUGGAGAUCGAGGGUUUAACACGAAUAUAAAAAGCGUGAGACGCGACUGCUCUGGUAAAACAGAACGAAUCCAUCAUACACGAUGCCGGUUGCUGUUGGACCUUACGGGCAGACCCAGCCCAGAUGCUUCGACAGGGUUAAAAUGGGCUUUAUGAUGGGCUUUGCCGUAGGGAUGGCAGCCGGAGCGAUGUUCGGCACCUUCUCCUGUCUCAGGAUAGGGAUGAGAGGCAGAGAACUAAUGGGAGGGGUUGGCAAGACCAUGCUGCAGAGCGGAGGCACGUUUGGCACUUUUAUGGCGAUCGGAAUGGGAAUCAGAUGCUGAAACGCAAUCUGCACUUUCUACAAGACUGUGGGGUUUAGAAUUCACCCUGAUUCUGCAGAAAAAACAAACACUUAGCAACUACUGCUUUCUGUACAUAUAGAAGUUCUCAAAUAAGUGUGUUAAUAAGCUACAUUACAGGAAAGAGGGAAAAAAGUCUCAAACUGAGAGGGAAAAAGAAAAAUGAAUCGAUGUAAACAAAAAACAUGUUAUUUCUUUUAGAAC